UGGUGGAGCGGAGCUGCUUUUUAAUGGUGUAAAGGAACAUCAUGUGACCCUUCCAAGCCAAUCGGACCCCUGGGACGUGAAGCAGCUGCUGGUCUGGAUCCAACGGAACCUGCUGAAGGAACGGCCCGAGCUCUUUGUCCAAGGAGACUCUGUGAGACCUGGGAUUCUGGUGCUUAUCAAUGAUGCAGACUGGGAGCUAAUGGGGGAGCUGGACUACCAACUACAAGACCAAGACAAUGUUGUGUUUAUUUCUACUCUUCAUGGAGGAUAGAAAAUGAAAUGCGGAAUAUAAACAUAUCCUUAACAUCUCUGUAACUGCCUUUUCACCACAUCUUCUGUAUUCUUCACUUUCUCCACCCCCCCCCGACACACACACACACACACAUCUCAACAACACGUCACCCCAUUGGACGCUGCGGAUGUGUCAGCCUGCACCAUGACAUCUGAGGUGAUUGAUGUCAGUCUGGAUGGUGGUUAGCAAAAAUAAAUAAACGUGGAAACUGUGAGACAGGAAUUCUGUGGACCGGACAGGUUUAAAGGGCAGCCACGUGAAGCUCUGGUUGUACUGGUCAACCACCCAGGUGCAAGUGUAAAUACCUACAGUUGGCGUGUAAACCUUCAUCUCCCUGCAUCUGCUCCUCCAACAUGACUGAAAGACAGAAUGACCUUAUCGUGGGGUCCACAAUGACCUUCUGUUCACCAGAAUAAAAAAGAAAAAGUAACACUUUACUUGAGCCGCUAACAACAUUUAUUAACUUGUUUAUAACAGAUGUAUUUGUAAGCAGAUAUAAGGACAUUUUAAGU